GUAGCAAACCGCCAUUGGACAACAGUAACUCUGUACACUCUGUUUCUUUAUGCAACUCUUUUGAAUAUUAUUAUCUGGAAAUAAAAUAACCAUUUAGCUAUUUCUCUCUUGUUUGGAACUGUGGGUGUAAACUCUGAGAGAAAUGGGGGAAAAUGGUGGAGGAAGCAGAGUAUGGAAGCAGAGGAACAUUGAGUCAAGGGAUUGGUGCAAUUUUGGAGAGUGUAGUAGAAAAACCCGGCCAUGCCAGGAUUUUCGUCCCAUGAAGCACUUAAACUAUGGACAAGGAGAAAAUGCUAGUCUUAGUGCUAUUGGGCCUGAAAAACAACAACAAGAAAUCAGUCAUAAAAGGUCAGGUGAGGUUCAGGGAGGAACUGGUUGCAAAAAAAAGAGAAGCUAUUGUCUGCACUUGCCUGAAGGUGCAAAUAGUGGUUCGAAGCACUCAGUUUUUCAUCCCCAAUCAAUAAAGAUUCAGUCUGAUAUAUUUGAAGAAAUGAUUUCUUCUACAUCAACAAAAUCAGGUUCUGCUGCUAUUGAUUCAGAAGAUCCAGAGAGAGAGGAAGUGCUACAGCCUACGAUGCCCGCUUCAAGAGAUUUGGGACAACUAAGAAAGAGAAACUUCAAGGAACAUAAUGAAGCCCAUUGUUCAACUGUGUCCCCUCCCAACUACCCGAUUGAAUGUACUGUUAGAGAGAAAAAGUUGAAGCUGAAAAUGGAGCUUAAAACUCGUGAUUUGAGUAGAAGAACAGUUGUUCUACCUAUUGGAAAUGUUUCACUAAAUUUGAGUGCUGAUUUUGAAGACCAAAGUGUGGACAAAUUCGAAAUGAAAACAGAGGAUUCUUUGGGAUUAGGGGCCAGUGAGAUACAUCACCGCAAUGGAUUGGAAACAGCAUUGAUAGAUGUGGAUUUGACCGUUGAAGCAAGUUAUCGAGCAGAGCACGUCCCAUUUGUCUGUCUAGUGAGUAAACUAAACAGGAAGGCAAUCCUGGGACAUCCAAUUGAAAUAGAAGAGAUAGCUGACAGUUCUCAAACUUGUGCUAAAUUUCACCAACUUGUUUGGAGAACUUCCAAAAGGAGUCCCGUAAUCUAUGUCACAAAUUCCUGUGUUUCUUCCACUGCUAUGGACGAGCAAGCUUUGCGAGGUGGCCUUAGGGAAAAUAUUCUUGCUGGUGAACAGAAGUUUUCAAAGAAACCUGGCCAAUUCAAGCAAGGCACAGUGCCACUAAGGAGAACUUGUGUUCCGGUGAAGCACAUAUUCAGUAAGAUACUAAUAGCCGUGGGUCAAGUACAAACUUAAGAGGCAGUUGCAUCUCAUUUACUAUAUUUUCCACUGGGUGAAGUUUCUUGACUACACCUAUGGCAUGUUCAGGAAGGUGGAUCAAACAAUAUUAGGCAAUAUUUCCAAAGAAGAACUAUGAGCAGAUUGUUUUUGCAUAUUUUCUAGUACAUGAAUUUUCACUGGUUUCCCAAAGUGCGAAUGUAAAGUCGAAGAAUUUAUGCUACCCCUUGGUUCUUGUCA